AUGGGGGUUGCCCUCGCUAGCGGCACCAUGUAUACGCCAGAUCAAUUCAUGAACCCGGGGCCGGCCCCGCGACCCCCUACGGACCGUCCCAAGCUGAAUCUCCCCGUGAACAACGCCGCCACUUCCUUUGGCCAGAUGUCGCUGAAUUCGCCCAUGACCCCCGGCCUGAAUGGUAAUCUCUCGCUUUUCCCCAAUACCAGCACGCCCGCCCUGAAUCGCUCCCAGACCGCGGGAACGGGCGGCCUUCAGGUGAUCAAGGAGGGCUACGUGCGGUGCAAGGAGGACAAGUUUCUGGCCACCUGGAACCAGCGAUACCUCGUCCUGCGGGAUUUCAAGAUUGAUUUUAUGAAAAGCGAGUCGGGUAAGGUGGUGCUGUCUUUCCCGCUCUCGACCGUCACUUCGGUCACGCGGUCGGAGGAAUCCAAGAUGGCCUUUGAGGUCACCCGUCUCGCCAACCCCAAGGAUGCGGCCUCGAAAACGGCCAUGAUUACGCGCGACGUGGCCACCAAGACCAUCACUUGCGAAGUGAAGACGGACGAUGAGAUUUACGAGUGGAUCGACAAGAUCUAUGAGCGCUGUCCGGGCAUGGGAGGAGUUAGCAAUCCCACCAACUUCAGUCACCGCGUCCAUGUCGGCUUCGAUCCGCAGACGGGCGCCUUUGUCGGUCUGCCUCCCGAGUGGGAGAAGCUGCUGACAGCCUCGGCCAUCACCAAGGAAGAUUACAAGAAGAACCCCCAGGCUGUCAUCGAGGUUCUGGAAUUCUAUUCCGACAUCAAGAUGCGCGAGCAAAACCCACAGUACUUCGCGGGCAUGAAUGGCUCCGGGGGCACACCACCCAAGCCGCUCGGGAGCAAUGCCGUGGGCAGUUCAAUCGCUCCUCCUCGUCCGCCCCCUCCCGGUCCCAUGCAGCGUUUGGACAGCGGGCAGUCCAAGUCCUCGAUGGAGAGCUCCAUGCGGUCCCAGACGUCGUCUCCGGCUCAACAAGGGGAUUCGGAUCGUGCCGCAGAGCAGCAACAACAGCUCGAGCGGAUGAAGCAGAUGGCUGAUCAGGAGCGCCGUCGUGUGGAGGAGGAACAACGGCGCAAGGAGGAUGCCGCCUACAACGCAUCCAUCCCGCAGACGCGCGUUCCGUUGGCCAAGCAGGAAAUCGGCGGCUACGGGAGCUCCGACGGAGCGAUGAACAGUCGGUACCAGCCCAGCCGCGCGGCGCCCCAGGCCCCCGGAGCGGGUGCCCGCGCCGCAGGUGGUCAGCCGUUGACGGCCCAGCGUCCCGCCCCGGCCCCUCCGUCGCAGAGUCCCUACGGACAAAGCGCGUCUCGGGCCCCUGCUGGGGGCAACUCUCGCAGCGAGGACGCCCAGGGGGCGGCCGCUCGCUCGGCCGCCAACGAUGCUCGCGCGCAGGCAUCAUCCAGUCGUGCGCCUCAGACGAACGGGAGCAAGGGCCAGCAGGGACCUCCUCCCACGCGUCUCCCGGCUCCUGUUCAGGCUGUGAAGCCCCUGAACAUUGCCAACAAACAGGCCGCUCCCAAGCAGCAAGCUGUCCCUGAUGGCGUCCGUCAGGCUGAAGCCGCCCUGACAAAGAAGCCCGAGCCGAGCAGCAAAAAGGAAGUGCGCAUGUCGGCCAUGUCCGAGAACGAGGUCAUGGAUCGUCUGCGGUCCGUCGUGUCCAAGGAAAACCCCAACGAGUCCUACAGCAAGCAGCGCAAGAUUGGUCAAGGUGCAUCUGGAUCUGUGUAUGUGGCCCGUGUCAAGGAGCAUGCCACGUCGCCGGUGGCGCACGAGUUGUACCGGCAAUACGGGCCUCGCUGCCAGGUGGCCAUCAAGCAGAUGGAUCUGCGCAGUCAGCCCCGCAAGGAGUUGAUUGUCAAUGAGAUUAUUGUGAUGAAGGACAGCCAGCACGCCAAUAUUGUCAACUUUUUGGAUUCCUUCUUGCAAGAGUCGAGCAAUGAGCUGUGGGUGGUGAUGGAGUUUAUGGAGGGGGGUGCGUUGACGGAUGUGAUUGAUAACAACCCGGUGAUCACGGAGAACCAGAUUGCAACCAUUUGCUUUGAGACUUGCAAGGGCCUGGCUCAUCUGCACAGCCAGAAUAUCAUCCACCGUGAUAUCAAGAGUGACAAUGUGUUGCUAGACCGAGUCGGCCACGUGAAAAUCACCGAUUUCGGUUUCUGUGCCAAGUUGACCGAGUCCAAGAGCAAGCGUGCUACCAUGGUUGGUACGCCGUACUGGAUGGCGCCCGAGGUGGUCAAGCAGAAGGAAUAUGGGCCCAAGGUCGACUGUUGGUCUCUCGGAAUCAUGGCCAUUGAAAUGAUCGAGUCUGAGCCUCCGUACCUGAACGAGGAACCUCUGAAGGCUCUGUACUUGAUCGCUACCAACGGCACACCACGCCUGAAGAAACCCGAGAAGCUUAGCAAGGAGCUCAAAUCUUUCCUGAGCGUCUGCCUUUGCGUGGACGUUCGCAGCCGCGCCACCGCUGAUGAGCUGUUGGCUCAUGAGUUCCUUCAAACUGGUUGCAGCCUUGCCAGUCUCGCCGAGCUGCUGCGCUGGAAAAAGGCCAAUGGUCAAUAA